ACAAUAUUCGAAAUUUUUUCUGUUCAGGAUUCUACAUGGAUCAAUCCGAAUUCAAAUGCACAUCCGAAGGAGGACUUAGCGCUCCUGAAGACAGGAUCCCAGAGAUUUCUAUAGGCAGAAUAAGUGUGAAGGAUCCACAGGACAUUAUCCCGGAGGUUGGUAACACUAUAUUCAUAAAGUGUGAGUUAACUGAACCGGAAGCAGAAUCUGCAUUUGACACGGAAUUUGCCUCUCAUACACCUUGGCAUGUGAAAACUGAAAUUGGAACUUCUCCAAGUGAAGAAAAAAAGUCUGUUGAACACUUCAAUAGCGCCUCGUGUUCCUCCAAUUCUCUCAUCGGCCAUUCCAUCAGGAUAAAAUCGGAAGGAGACAAUGAAAAUGAAAAUUGGAUCGACCAGUUACAUACCAGUAUUGAGAUUAAAAACGAAGACCCUCUUAAGACUGACAGCUAUGAAUGCACUUACGUAAAGAAAGAUAAAGAACAAGAUUUUGAAAAUGAGAUUCAAAAUCAUAUGCCAACCACAACAUGCAAACCGUUCAGUUGCAGUCGUUGCUCGGCCCGUUUUGCUAUAAAAGGUACUUUAAAAACACACAUGCGAACACAUACCGGUGAGAAACCAUUUGCUUGCAGAAAUUGCUCGGCUUGUUUCGCUAUAAAAGGAAAUUUAAUACAACACAUGCGAACACAUACCGGUGAGAAACCAUUUACUUGCAGCGAGUGCUCGGCCCCUUUUGCUCAGAAACAACAUUUAAAACGCCACAUGCGAACACAUACCGGUGAGAAACCAUUUACUUGCAGCCAGUGCUCGGCUUGUUUCGCUCAAAAAGGAGAUUUAAAACAACACAUGCGAACACAUACCGGUGAGAAACCAUUUACUUGCAGCGAGUGCUCGGCCCCUUUUGCUCAGAAACAACAUUUAAAACGCCACAUGCGAACACAUACCGGUGAGAAACCAUUUACUUGCAGCCAGUGCUCGGCUUGUUUUGCUCUAAAAGAAAAUUUAAUACACCACAUACGAACACAUACCGGUGAAAAACCAUUUACUUGCAGCCAUUGCUCGGCUUGUUUCCCUCUAAAAAGAACUUUACAACGGCACGUGCGAACCCAUACCGGUGAGAAACCAUUCACUUGCAGCCAGUGCUCGGCUUGUUUCCCUCUAAAAAGAACUUUACAACGGCACAUGCGAACACAUACCGGUGAGAAACCAUUCACUUGCAGCCAUUGCUCGGCUUGUUUCGCUAGAAAAGGAGAUUUAAAACAACACAUGCGAACACAUACUGGUGAGAAACCAUUCACUUGCAGCCAUUGCUCGGCUUGUUUCGCUAGAAAAGGAGAUUUAAAACAACACUUGCGAACACAUACUGGUGAGAAACCAUUCACUUGCAGCCAUUGCUCGGACUGCUUCGCUCUAAACGCAAAUUUAAUACGGCACAUGCGAACACAUACCAGUGAGAAACCAUUCAGAUGCAGCCAAUGCUCGGUCUGUUUCCCUCGAAAAGGAACGUUAUUAAAUCACAUGCGAACACAUACCGGUGAGAAACCAUUCAGAUGCAGCCAUUGCUCGGUCUGCUUCACUGAAAAAGGAACUUUAAAACGGCACAUGCGAACACAUACCGGUGAGAAGCCAUUUACUUGCAGCCAUUGCUCGGCUUCUUUCGCUCUAAAAGGAAAUUUAAUAAAACACAUGCGAACACAUACUGGUGGCAAACCAUUUAUUUGCAGCCAUUGCUCGGCUUGUUUCGCUCUAAAAGAAAAUUUAAUACCACACAUGCGAACACAUACCGGUGAGAAACCAUUUACUUGCAGCCAUUGCUCGGUCUGCUUCACUCGAAAAGGAAAUUUAAUACGACACCUGCGAACACAUACUGUUGAGGAACCAUUAAUUACUUGUAGCUAUCGCCCUGCACGUUUUGCUGAGUGAGGUAGUUUAAAACGACACAUGUGAACAAACUCUGGAGAGAGCCCAUUUACUUGCAUUGAUUGCUCGGCCGGUUUUGCUCAAAAAUAAUAUAUAAUUCAGCAUGUGAGCACGUUCUGGUUAGAAAUCAUUUUGUUGCAGCCAUUGCUCAGUGUGUUUCGCUGAAAUAGGAAAUUUAAUUUAACACAUACGAACAAGUACGAGUAACAAUUUUUUUAGUUACAGCCGUUGCUCGGCUUUCUUUGCUCAAAAAGGUAAUUUUAUAUAAUACAUAUGAACACAUGUGAUUCUGAAACUGAACAGGUGUACGUAUUUUUCUGCCUAUUUUUAUCACAGGAGUCGUUUAAAGUUUCCUGUCUGAACGCAUAGCGGUGAGAAACUUUUCUGCUGCAGUCUUUGAUUCGUUCCCUUUAUUGUAACUGGUCUUUGACUAAACAUAUGAAUAAGAACACUUAUUUUCGAGCGACCUUGUGGCUGUUGUUAAUUCCAUGCACCUUUUCUUUAUAAAACUCAUCUGAAGUAAGAUGUGAAAACGCUUUUUAGGGACAAAUCCCUCACUCAAGGUCAUUACAAGUCGUCCGCCCUCACAAAAGUCAUUUAAUGAUUCACUUGUAAACUCAUACGGGCUGGAAAACAUUUCGUGGUAAUUUUUUCCUGUUUCUAUUGUAAAUUAGACACCCUCGAUGAGGACUUCAUCGGAAGGCAGCGCUGUGCUGAAUAUGUUAGUACUUACUCUGGAAGGGGGGGGGGGUAAAAAUGAAUCCACUCCUACCUUAUUUGGUAGUUACACUCUUUAAAAAUUGAGUCUCCUGCAAAUGAAUGAGACUGGAGUUCUUGCAUUUGUCAGGAAUAUGCGGUUAAUGUACGCAGUUUACUACAAAAUUUCGCCAAAAACACGAUGGUGCCACUAAUAUUCUGAGAGGAAAAUGAGCUUGAUCUCGAAAAAUGCUUUCUUAGUUCCGGCGGUCAUAGAGGACAUAUCCUACGCUAUACUUUGAGAGUCCACCUUUAUAUCUCAUAGUCAAACUCGUCAUGCACAGAUCGGGAGAAAAUCAUUAGCUGGGUGCCCCUGUUUUCAACUUCGAAGUCCUCAAACAAAGUAGCUACCCUCCGACUGUAUGUGGACUCUCUAAGUAGCGUAGGAUAUCCCCUCCAUCACGGUCGGAUCUUUGACAGCAUUUUUCGAGCUUGAAAGAAAAUUAGUGGCACCAUCGUGUUUCCAGAGAAAUUGGCCGUAUGAAGAAGUGCUUGAAUCGCAAAUCUUUGACAAAUGCAAGAACUCGAUUGCCGGAAGGAAAUCAUGGUUCAUCCUCAUUCUCUAUUCAAGGUGGAGACAAAGUUCUUUUUCCCCUGUGGACUCUUGAAGAGCGUCCUCAGUUGGUUUCCUGCUUGAUCUCGGCUAGUACCGUUUGAACAGCGAAUCUAAAAGACUAGACUUUAUGGUUGUUAUGAAAUUCAUCCCACCGUAAUAAGAUCUUUGCUUCACAGAAAAGAGGAUCGGUGGCUGCGGCUAAAUGUCAGCGUCUUCUUCUCGAAAUAAUUUGAACGUCGAAUUUCCUCGGAGAAACACUGCGGUCCGUUUCUUGAGAUCAAUGGACAAAGCGAUAGAUAAAGAAAAACUGGCGCGAUGCUUCGUCUUCUUUGUCUACUAUCCUUUUGUCUAUGAAUUUCAACAACCAACCCUUUAGUUCCAAAGAGUGUAAAUUGAUAAUCAUCUCUUUGAUAUUUGUCAAUAGGAAGGCCUUAGUGUGUUAUUAAUAAGCGUCCUCUCGAAUCCUAAUCGCUUAGAGCCUACUUUAACGAAUUAAAUUCAGGAAAAAGAUUAUAAUUGAUCCGAAAUUUUUCCCUUUGAAUUAUUUAGACUCUGUUGUUUGGAUAAUUCUUGCAAAGCUCUGGACAUUCGAAUAACGCUUUAGCUGUUCCUCUUUUUGACAUUUUCUCUUUGCUAUCAUUUCUGUAUGCUUUUUAAUUUCCUGUAAAAAUAUUUGUCAAGCACGUACACUACUAAUAAAGUGUUGAAAGAAA